AUGUUCCCGCAACGCCAAAUGAUCCGUACUAGCCAGCGGUUCGCCGCAAACCUACGUUCGCCCUCCGUGCGCACACCAUUCCAACGCCGUUUCGCGAGCCACGGCGAGAGCACCUUGAAGGGCGUCGAGGAUAAUGCUUUCAACCGGGAGAGAGAAGCUGUGAAGGCUCAUGCUGCUGCGACUUCUGAUCUCUGGCGUAAAUUGUCAAUUUACGCGACUGUUCCUUGCCUGAUCAUUGCAGGUGUAAACGCAUAUGUUCUCUGGAACGAGCAUUGGGACCAUUGGGCUCACAAGGGACCUCUUGAGGAGAGAACCGAGUAUGAUUAUCAGAACUUGAGAACUAAGAACUACUUCUGGGGUGAUGGCGAUAAGACCAUCUUCUGGAACGACAAAGUCAACUACCACAAGAAGGAUGACGAGUAA